AUGACCUCGCUCGACCGCCUGCCUACCAUGGAGGAAAAGUGGAAGGACGGGCAGGUCAAAGAGGCCGUCGCGGCUCACCCUUUGUCCUUGACGACCCCACGCCGCCCUCGACGCCGCCCCUCGUGCUGGCGCAUCACCUUCGUCAUCCUGGCGCUGCUCGCAUUCGCCGCCUUUGUCGGCUUCGCUCACGUCAGCUACGUCGGCCUUCAAGGGUUCUUGCACCCCACCAGGCGGCUCGCGUUCACCACCAUCUCGCAGCCAGACGCCAUCGGUCCCCAGACCGAACGUCCCCUGUUUGGCCCCGAUGACCGCUUCGACGUCCUGGCCACCGUCUGGCUCGACGUCACCGACCACCUCGACGCAGGCCGAUCCCUGCCGCGUUCCCCCAUCGACGGGACACCCCUGCGCGUGGUCGAGUAUCCCGUAUCCGGCCCCUUCCGGCACAAGAACAGGGGCCGCACGAGGAAGGAGGCCGUCCUCUUCUCCCAGAUCCUCUUCCGCCAGGUCUCGGCGCGCGACAGCAAGCGUCACGCCACGGUGCCCCUCUCGGUGCCCAUCGCGCCCCUCUACACCGCCUCUCUCGGUCCCGCCUCGCUGCGCGCCACAUUCACCGUCCAAGACACGCUGCACCCGCCGCCCGUCAACGCCAGCGCCCACGGCUUCCGCUACGCCGGCGGCAACACUGUCUACACGCCCUUUCCGCCCAUGCUACCGCGCAUCCCGGAGCUGCUCAACGUCGACCAGCUCUAUGUGCGCUCCCUCAACCACGCCCUCAGCCGCUCCGGCAUCAGCGUCAGCCUCGUCAACCUCCUCGAGUCGCGCUGGGCCCGCCCUGCAACCCCGUCGCCGGACAACUCGAGCAUUGUCUCUGCCCCGGACGCGCGGGAUCGCACCACGAUGAUGUUUGACGCGGCGCCGGACAACCUUCACUUUCUCCGCGACCCGGCCCUCGCGGCCGCCAAGCAGAACCUCGACCGGCCGGCAAUGCGCGGCCGCAUGCCCGAGUUCACCGACGAGGAGCGCACCGUCUUGCUCCCGCACAUUGCUACGCGCAGCCGCGUGGCCCUCGUCAAGGACGACCACGUCUACAGCCAGGCCAUGGCUGUGCGCGUCCACCUCCGCACGAUGCAGGACUUCACCAACCACUGCCACAGCUGGUCCGAUGCCAGGUGCGAGCGGCCUUACGGGCUCCACUCGUUUGAGCACUCGGCCCGCCUGAUUGAUACCCGCGACCCGGACGCCACACACCAGCACUUCUACGCCCCCUUCCUCGCCCACAACGCCAUGGCCUCGGCCGCACGCCACCACCGCCUCUUACCCAGCCGCGCGCCCGCCUCCGCCUUUGCCGAGCCAGACGCACCCCCCCUGCCGCCGCCGCCGCCACCGCUGACCCUGAAGCGCUCCGACGACGACGACGACCAGUGCCGCGUGCCCGCGCUCGACGUCGAUGCGACCGGCCGCUUCUUCCAGUUCGACUGGGACGUCUACUUUUCCGCCCACUCGCUGCGCAAGGCUGUCUACGUCGAGGAGCACGCCAAGGCGAUCCGGACGCUGACGGCUCACCGCGACAAGCAUGUGCUCGAGUACGGAAACGAGGGCGACGAGCAGCUCGUGGCCUACGCUUCGCCCCAGGACGAUAGCAUGUGGUGGUGGAUGGCCUACAUGUCUGGCGACGCUCCCCAUCCGGACGCGCGGCAAACGAGGACGGUCGUAUACGGAGUCUUUGCCGCCGUGGUCCUGCUGCCGGCGUACUUCCUGCUCCAGAUCGGCUACUGGUAUACGCGCACUUCGACGGCGGGCAUCUACACGGACGCACAGUGGGUGGGCGUCGCCUCGCUCGCACUGCGCUUUGGGCUGCGGGCGACGAAGGAGUCGUCAGACCUGGACCCCAUCACCGCCUUCUUUGGUACAGCGUCCUCGCUGGCCGAGCUUGCCUACGUGCCGUGGCUGCUCAUGACGCUUCUUCGGGUGCGGAAGCGCGGGUCGCGGCCGACGGCAUCGUCCCUGCCCGACUGGGAGCCGGAUCGACGACGUGGGCGCCGCAGCGUCUGGAGAAGGUGGCUGCGCCUCGAACGGCGGCCGCUCAGCCGGCGCGAGAAGGAGAGCUUGCGCGUUGAGAGGGUCCAGAUUGGGAACGUUCGUUUGGCAGCGCUGGCGAUGGUCCUGAUGACGCUGUGCAUCCUCUCUCCUCAGCUGGACGUGACGGUUCGGGAGCGCAUGGGAUGCCCAGAGCACCGGUCGUCGACGCCAUCGACGGGCAUCGACCGGCUGCGGGACGGGCUGUGGAACGUGGUGUGGGCGUGGAGCCUGACGGCGCAGGUGGGCCAGCUCGUUUUCAACCAGGCGUGCGGGCGGUACGCGGGCGACUUCCGACUCAAGGCGUGGAGCGACUUUGGGUCUUUGGUCGUAGGCGUGGCGUUCCAGCAGCUGAGCCUCGUCUCUGGCUGGACGGACAAGAGGGAGGCCGUCGUGGUGAGCGAUCUAGUCCAGCUGCUCGUCUACGGCGUCGCGGCGUUGCAGGCCUGGAGGUUUGCGGGUGUCGUGCAGGGCAGGCGGGGCGGCGACGGCGACGAUGACGGCGAGGGGAAAGAGAAAGAGGACGAGGGAAACGAUGGGCUGCGACGGCGCCAACAUGUACAGAUGUAG